AAGCUUCUAUGUGCGAUUUAUUUGGGAGCUGGGUGGCGGGCCCCUCAAAGAGUAAAACAUCACACAACAGCCUUCAUCUCCUCACUUAAUCUCCUCACCUGGGUGUGGGUUCUGCUGAUUACCUGACCACUUGCAGUCAUCCCCUGGUGCUCUCCUACGUCCCCAACAGUUUAGUCAGUGCCCUGUGCUCCUGGCAGGACAUCUUGGCAGAUCUGCCCUGUGACCCAAGCCUGUGGCACCUGCCCAUAAGCCUGGUGAUUCCAGCUCUUCUGGGAUCUCAGGCUAGCAGUGAGUUUGCCUUGAAGCCCUUUCUUUAGGAGCAUGCUGGAGCCAGGUCUGCAAGGUCUCCAGAGAGAACCAGCAGAGGCUCAGGACUUCAGCAGUAAGCUGGACAAUCACUUUGGAUGGAAGCAAAAUUGCUAACAUUUAUAGGGCACUUAAUUGUGUGUGCCAGCCUUUGAGUAUUAGAAACACUGACCUCUUAAAUGCUCCUCAAUCAGCACCCAGAGAAAAUUAUCUUACUCUAAGUGGGAGCAGGAAGACUCUAGAGAGUUUAGUAAUCCACCCUGGCCCCCUGCCAUCUGGGGUGGUCACUUUAAACUCUAGGUUUAAAAGCACUGACCAUCACCACUAAACCUGGCAUGGUGGUGCACACCUUGAAUAUUAGAAGCACUUAGAAGGCCGAGACAAGUGGAUCUCUGAGUUUGAGGUCACCCUAGUCUACAAAGCAAGUUCCAGGACACAGAGAAACCCCAACUCCAAAAAGCAAAAUAACAACAAAAAGUGCUGAACACAAGGCCAUAGGAUCUCAGAAUGCUGCAGGAGAGACUUUGUGAAGAUGAGUAAAGAAAUAAAUAUGAACAUAAACAGGGAAGAACAGAGAUAGGAUGGGACCCAGGCUUAGCUGUUCAGAAAAUGCUAGCACUCUACUCUGCCUGCUGAGAUUGGCAAGCAGCAGCUGCCCCCCCCCCAGGGGGGGCUGACUCCAGGGCCUGGAGUAUCAGAGUUGGGGGUGCAGCCAGAGCAGGAAGUGCUCCAUCAAUGACUUCCCAGAACUAGGACCCAACCCAUACAGCUGGUUAAAUCCACGUGGCCUUAGAUCUCCCUGCCCUCUAUCCCCACAUACCACAUUCUCCCCUGAGGGCCUCUGUCUCUUAAGUGCUGAGCCCAAGGUAUUCCCCAUGGGCGGAGGAAAGAGGGCUCUUCCCAGUCUAGUAAUAGAAGAUUCCAGGAGAUGAGUGUGGCGACUGUUCUGAGUCCUGGACCAACCGAUGUGCAGGUUAGGGCAGCGCUGGGGUUCCGAUCCCAGUCUGGAAGAUUGGUCUCCGCGUCGACCCCUCUUCAGUUCUGCCACUCACUGGCCAGGACAAGCCAGGAUUGGGCAGCCCAGAGGGUGCAGGUAAAGGGCCGGGUGCAAGGCGGGUGGCAGUGAGAGCUGGUGGCGAGGGUGCGGCACGUAGGGAGACGUAGCUGUGGUGGGGUUAAGCGCCCACGGAGGGGGUUUUGACAGUGGGAAAGGGAGGGGGGUCCCAGCCUGAAGGCCGAGCGCUCGAUCCCUCUGCUACCGCCACCUCCGUGGCCCAGCCCUUAUCCAUCCGUGUGAGUCGGCGCGAGAGACUUGGUCGCAGCCGCGGAGGGUGCAGACAGUAAGUGCGGAGCAGGCGCGGGAACAUGGGCUGAAUAUCGGGCCGGGACCUGGGAGGCGACUGGCAGGGCGGGACACCCACCUCCCGCGCGCGGAUGCACUCCUCGAGUGGUGUGACCGUGCGUCCCGUCGCGGGUCACGUUCGGAGGCGUCGGCGUAAGGACGCGGGGGAGGUGGUGGGAGCAAGUGGCUGGCGUGCGGUGUCACGCGGAUCUGGUGUGUGUGUGUGUGUGUGUGUGUGUGUGUUAGCGCACGCGGAUCUCUAGGGUGGCUCGACACGGCGGACACGCCCAUGGUGGUCAUUUGUGCCGGGGUCUGCUGGAGUAUGGUGCAGUGCUAUGCCUGCAGCUCCGGCAGCUUGCUGCUAGAGACCAGGGGUGGAGUGUGGAAUCGCGGAUUUUUGUGACACGUCUGGCGGACAGUGUAUAUAUGUGUGCGUGCGCGCCUGCCAUCUCCCACUGCCCCUUAGGUGACAGCUGUCCCGUGGGCUGCUGUAUCUAUACUGCCCUUCCUACCCUGUGCCUCGCUUCUUCCGCUUCUUCCGGGAACCUGGUGCCCACCCUUGCUUUCCUUGGCUCUGGGCCUUACAUCUACCCUGAAACCAGAUCUGCCUCUGGGUUCCUCGAAAGGCCCGCGGACGGGUGGGGACCCUGCUGAUCCCUGCUAGCCUGGACUCGGGAAAGGCAGGAAGGGACAGAUGCAUCUGAGGAGGCUGCCACAGCCGCACUGGGAGAGCCAAGUAUGGACCUGCUAUUCCUGUCUCCUAUUCGUGGGCUCCAGCCUCUCCUCCUGCUUUGCCUUGGAACGCCCUGGUCUUCCCUUGGUCUUCUCCAAGGCGGGGCUCCCUAUGCCUCACAACUCCCAACAUUUCUCACAUACCCUGUCUCUUCUGAGGCUGGCUUAUUGUAUCCUCCUUCCUCCCACUCUCCUAAUGGUUAGGCGGGGAUGGGGGUAAGAGGGAGGCUGGAGGUGGGGGCUUAGCUACCUGGAAUUAGGUGUCUAGCCAAAGGAUGCUGUGGGGGUGGGGAGGAGUUACAUCCAAGGACAGACAAUAAAGCUAGGAGCUCCAAAACCUUGGGGAGUCUAAGAACAGAAAUAUGCGGAUGUCAAAUCUCUUCUUGACCCCAAAAUCCUUGGUUUGGCCUGCAGUGACCACUGCUCCCCAGGAGCUCCCUGCUCCUCCUCCCCAGGCAGGAAGCGGAGCUGGACCUGCCUCUGGAAGGGCCAUGCGCAGCACCACACUUCUGGCCCUGUUGGCAGUGGUGCUGCUUUACUUGGUAUCCGGGGCUCUAGUGUUCCAGGCUCUGGAGCGGCCUCAUGAGCAGCAGGUUCAGAAGGAGCUGGAGGAUGGCCGGGACAAGUUUCUCAAGGACCAUCCAUGUGUGAACCAGGAGAACCUGACGAAAUUCAUCAAGGCUAUGGCAAUACAGCCUUACAGACAGAAGCCGGGCGUCUCUUUUGUAUCUUCUAUGCACUGGUGGGGAUCCCGCUGUUCGGAAUGCUGCUGGCAGGGGUCGGGGAUCGGCUGGGCUCCUCUCUGCGCCGGGGCAUCGGUCACAUGGAAGCAAUCUUCUUGAAGUGGCACGUACCACCCGGACUGGUGAGAAUACUGUCUGCGGUGCUCUUUCUGCUGAUUGGCUGCCUGCUCUUUGUCCUAACUCCUACCUUCGUGUUCUCCUAUAUGGAGAACUGGAGCAAGCUGGAAGCUAUCUACUUUGUCAUAGUGACACUCACCACCGUGGGCUUUGGCGAUUAUGUGCCCGGCGCUGACUCCGGACAGAAAUCAGCCUACCAACCUCUGGUGUGGUUCUGGAUCUUGUUCGGCCUAGCCUACUUCGCCUCGGUGCUCACCACUAUCGGCAACUGGUUGCAAGCGGUAUCCCGCCGCACACGGGCAGAGGUGGGUGGCCUCACGGCGCAGGCUGCUAGCUGGACCGGAACAGUGACAGCACGAGUGACCCAGCGAGCCGGACCUAGCGGCCCGCCGCCAGAGAAGGAGCAACCGCUCCUGCCCUCCUCCCUGCCGGCACCGCCUGGUGCUGCUGAGCCAGCCUGCAGGCCGGGAUCCCCUGCGCCCUCAAAGAAGGCUGAGACACCUUCUCCGCCCACAGCUUCGGCUCUGGAUUACCCCAGUGAGAAUCUGGCCUUCAUCGACGAGUCCUCAGACACACAGAGUGAACGUGGCUGCGCCCUGCCUCGCGCGCCUCGGGGUCGUCGCCGUCCCAAUCCCGCCCGGAAACCCUCGAGACCCCGGGGUCCUGGGCGUCUCCGAGAUAAGGCCGUGCCGGUGUAGGGGCAGGGUCCCUGGUCCGGGGUCCCUGUAAGGGGCUUCGUUCCUGAUGAUGCCCAGGCAUGUUUGGCUUAUUUGACCAAAGAGCCCUCUUUUGUUCCACGCGAUUGCAACCUUGGGAGGAGUUCAAGGGUUGCCAAAUGCCACUGCUCUUCCCUGGCUGGUUCCUUGCAUCUAACCAUUUCCAAAUCCCACCAUUCAAGACUUUCUGUCUUGCUGUCUUGGCCUGGCUUGUCCCUCACACCUCACGACUGUGCCUCAAAAUUUGCACCAAUAAACAAAAAGUCUGCUCCUGGGACCCGAGUGGGCGCCCGAGUGCUUUUCCCGCGACACCGUGGGGGUAUAUCCAGCCCGCUGUCAUUCCUGGGCGACCACACCAGUCAAGUUGUGGCCGUUUUGUCCAUGCCUGGAGGAGACCCCAACCCAGAGCUGGCUUGAGCACCGCCAGCCUUGGCAUCGAUAUUGGGGGUGGGAGCAAUUUAGAAUCUUGAUGACAUCUGCAGUUUGAAGUCUCCUCCCGCGAGACCAUUAUCGCAUCCGGGAGGAGACUCUGUCCCCCUCCCACUUCUUGGAGCGUGACCCCCGUCUCGACUGAGUCCUUGGCGACUGGUCCGUUGGUGAGGAACGAUGGAGGAAAACCUGUCCAAAGUAAGAAGUCAGCCUGAGUCCCCUGAGCCUAGACUCAUUUUUGGAUUCAUUCAGGCUUCUAGAGUAACCUAUCAUUCUGCCUGGGCGCUAAGUGCCCAUGGAGUACCCUCUCCAGUCCAUUCUCCCUGCCCUUUCCAGUUCCCUGAGUCCCUUGGCUUCCUUUUUGUGUGUGUGACCCACAGGCUGUGCCCAAACACGUACACCAUCACCGCAGAUCGAGCCUUCACGGAGAUGUUCGUGA